CGCUCGCGACAAUCCUCAUCACUUUAAAUUUUCGCGUGUAAUCGUGUCGCGUACAGACACUCGAACAGGUGUCUGCUCUUCACAGACUUGCGGUUUAUUCUCCGCCACUGGGUAUCACAAUGGAUUGCACCGUAUCAUCGAUCCACUAAUUAAGUUAUUAAAAAUUUAAAGUUAUAGUAAUCGAUUGAUGUACUGAUAAGAAACGGCGUUCAGACCGUCCGUGUCACCCUGCGAGUAUGGACCAGCAAUCCUGGGAAAGCGCCAGAAUGCUCCCGGAUGCUUUCUGCCAUGAACACCCACCAGCGUUUGCCUGUGGAAAUGUUGGUCUAUUCGAAGUGGAUCCCAGUAUGCACGCCCAUACCAUGGACUUUCACGAUAUGGAAUAUCUGGAUCUGGACAGCGGCCACUGUAUUCCGGGGACGGCGGCCGCUUACCGGCAUGAUGUGAUCCACGAUGAGGAUCAUCUUAUUGUGCCCAUGUGGCAUGCCGAUGUGGUGCCGGACAGCGAUACGACGGCCGAUAGUGGACUGGCACUAACGAUCGCUCCCGUACCAGAAGGACAAACAGCCACGUCCUCGUCACAGGGUUUUGUGGAGGAUUUUCUCGAGCCAUCUCAUGAGGAGGCGAACGAUGCCACACGAGCUUCUCAGGAAAGUGGCGGAUCCGGUGCGGAUGGAAAGACCCGUGAUCCUUUGGAUGGUUUGGACGAUUUUCGUGCCCUUUUGGAGGCCGCCGAGAACGACGAGAUACUCAAGGGCGGGAAGAAACGCAGCAAAUCCCGCAAGCGCCCGACGGCGGCUGCAACAGCAGCGGCCGGUUCACCGAAGCGGCGUAAAUCCAAGGCCAAGAACAAAUCACUGACUACCCUGGUCAGUGAAUGUCUGCCACAGCUGCAGCAAGCGGAUGCCGCCGGCACCGGCAUCGUCCCUAAAUAUCGUGCGAAGAACCGGCUGCGCUCCAUUAUUAAACGCAAACCCGGCACCCAGGACACGGAUCUAAUGAGUAACAACGUGGAGAUUCUCGGCGGGCGAGUGGACAAACAAACCUUGGCCUGGCUGCGGCAGAAUUUCGAAGAACAGACGGGGCAGAUUAUGCGGCGGGAAUUCCUGUAUGAGCGCUAUCUGGAAUUCUGCCAAGCCACCGGACGCGAACCGAUGAAUGCCGCCUGUGUGGGCAAGGUGGUGCGCACCGUCUUUCAGGGAUUGUCCACGCGACGGCUGGGUCGACGUGGCGGAUCCAAGUAUCAUUAUGUGAAUCUACAAGUGGCAGCUAACAGUCCCUUCGCCGGUAUGAAACAGUCUCUGGGCAGUGCACAGAAAACCGGUCGGAAAACCAAGAAGACACCGAAAGGCAACCUGGGAAAUAUCUGGAAUGACGCGCCGAAAAUCCUGGAUGAGCCGGUCGCCGUGGACGACGGCGCUUCCACCAGCGGUCCGGCGCGUGUGUGGACGAAGAACCAGAAGAAGCUGGAAGCGGUGGAGCUGGAUUUCGUCACAUCCGGACUGUCGGAUGAGGAGCGCUCCCGGCGCAACAUCCAGCAACUGGCCACCAACUGUCUUUCCGCGGCACAGCACCGCGCCGACGAUGUACUGUUCAUACCGACGCCGUUGGCGUUGGACAGCAACUGGAAUGUGGAGUAUCUGCGGGAUAACUCGCCCACCGUCACCUGUGAUGAGAUUCGGAUCUUUCUCCGCUGUUUUCGCUUACAUAUUGGUAUGCUGGGUGGUUUGAUAAUCCGGCUGCACUUUCACUGUAUUCCUAAUAUUAUCCAUAAUUUUUGGCAGUUUCGCGAGAAAAGUUUGCAAGUGGAUGAUACGCUGGAUGCGGAGACUUUUCGGAGCAUUAUACAACUGGAACCGGUGAUGCUGUUUAUCCGAACGUUUUAUCUGCAUUUAUUUGAGAAAAUUGUCACGUUCUUCUUUCCGUCCAAAUAUGAACCCGUUCCCGAUCAUUUACGGGCGGUAUUCCGUGAUGUGACCGCGAAAUUCGACAAAUGGAUGGCCAUGGCGACACAGAGUCUUCCCGAGCGCCUACGAGAUUUUCUGGUAUCGUGUGCUUUCGGAUUUGGUCGGGUGUGUGAAACGUUCCUGGAUUUAUCCUGCCAUGCUGAGCAUUUAUCCAUGAUUGACAAACAUAAAACCACACGACAACCCUUCCUUAACGCCAUCGACGUGGUCACGAGCAACGGCUGCUUGAUGCCGGCGUCCACCUGCCAAGACGACCGGAUGAGUGUCGCGAUUUUACUGGGGAAACUGCGUGACCUUUCGGACAGUCGCACGAUGGCCGAUGCGUGGGAACAGUGUGUGCACGAUCAUCUGCAGCAGCGCUUGGCGGCCGUGAUGCUGUCGCUCAAUCCCGAAUGUAUGCCGCAGAAUCAGAUUAUCCGCCAGAAAGUGCUGGAUAAUUUCGGCGCCGGCUGGAUGCGGGCAGUCCUAGAAUUCGAAGGCGCCUCCAAAUUCCCGGUAGGCGGUGGCUGUACGUCGUAUCAGGGCGUCGGACGAUUUCUGCGUGAUUCGGUGGCCUAUGUGAUCGAAUGCGAGAAAGCGGCCAUCUGGGACAAGAGCCUCCUGGCACUGAACGCCGAAGCCAUUGAGCACAGCGUGGGCAUUUUGUGCAGUCACAGUGCACCGUGCGACACCAGUCUGGAGCAUUACAUCCAGUGCGGCAUCCCCAUUCCCCUCGUGGACAGUCACAGUCUGCACUUUUUCCACUCCAUUCCGGAGCUGCGGCCGUGGUUGCCGGUGGCUGCCGACAGUCGUCCGGUUAGCAGCGAAGGAGAGCUCCACGUGUCCCUGCCCGGCUCACCGGAAGUCCCUUUUCCCGAGUCCAUCCCGCAGCCGGGAUCAGCGCGCACCAGCUAGCCGACGCGCUGGUGGAAAUGUUUGUUUUUUGAUUUUGCUUUUUUUAAUAAAUGAUUUUUGCUGUUACCAAAUAAUAUAGGGACGUGAUAAUGAUUGUGAGAAUUCAACUGCCUUUCG